GCAUUGGCAUGGCAUAUAUUCUAUAUACCUUAUAUUGUAGAUAAGUAGUUGAGAGUAGUUGAUAUAUUAAGAUGAGGCGUGAUAUAGUAGUAUGGUUGGUGGUGAUGGUGGCGGUGGUUGUGGUUGUGGUUGUGCCACCAAUGGCGAAGGCGGAGACGAGUCCAAGCCAGUGCAAGCAGGAGCGGAACCAACUGGUGAGCGCGUGCAAGCCAGUGAUCUUCGGGCAAAACCCGUCGGUCAACUGCUGCGCACGCGUGAGAGAGACUCAUGUGGAGUGUGUUUGCCCCUAUGUCACCCCCAAGUUGGCCAAUCUCAUUAAUGUUCAACGAAGUAUCAAGCAAAUCCAAGGCUGUGGUAGGACUGUUCCUCGCAACUUCAAGUGCGGAAGUGUGACUACACCAUGAAAGAGACUAUAUAUAUAUAUAUAUACCUUAAAAAUAAAUGUUGGGGCUGUUUAAGGAACAAGGAAGGAUCAUGGAUAGCACUCUCUUCCUUUUCUAUAACUGUUCUCGUGAGAAUAAUGUAUCAAGAAGAGCGCUAAACUAAAUCUUUACGUUUAUAUUUUAGGAAGCCCCAUGCUAGCUAUAAUUAAUGGUCAAACCGUGACAUUAUAGUACGGGUUCCUUUGUUUUACUUUAUUAGUCGCAUACGUUGUAAUCAAAGUUUUCUAGGCUAAUAAUAUUAAUUGUUUCUUA